AUGCCGCCCUCUCAAAUCCAAAUUGCAACCUCCGCCCUACAGCGGUUACUCAAGGAAGAAGCCUCCUAUUACAAGGAGCAGGAGCAGCAGGAGGCCCGGAUUCACAAACUGGAGAACGAGGCUAACGGAAGUGAUGAGAAUCAUGACUAUAAAUUGAAACAAGAGCGCAAAGCCCUCGAAGAAACAAAGGUAGUGAUCCCGACUCUGCGUGAUCGCAUCACAAACGCGCGGGAGAAGCUUGAGAACCUCUUGGAUACAGCCACAAACGAAGCCGAACGGGACGCGGCGGUGGAAGUGCUCAAGGCGGCCAAGGAAGCCCAGAAAGAUGAUCCAAUCGCCGGAGAAGAGAGUACUAUGUCGUGA